AUGGACACCAAGACGCAGAGCUUUUUCAUCGCCCACACCCAGCCCCACAGAAACUCUCGGUCCCAAGGUCACACUUGCAGCCACUGCAGCUGCCACUGCCAAAGCUGCCGCCAGAGUUGCAGCUGGAGCCGCAGCCCCAACCAGAGCCUGCCCAGCCAACAGAGCCAGAGGCCCAGCUCCAGCCUGCCACCGAAGCACCACAGACAGGCCGUGCACUCCCACCCCUCUCCCGCGCGCACCCCCACCCACUGCGGCAGCCGCUCCAAGAACAGAAAGGCCUCAGAGGGCAAGGCGAGCAAAAGGAAGAUGGCCAGGAGGGUCCAGCAGGUCUACAGGACAAAGAGGCAGGGUCCAGGGCCUAGUGUGGGGAUCAGAGACAGCCACGAGCUGUGUCCCAGGCCACUCCUACCACCCAUCAUGGCUAACGCCCCAGCUGUCCACACCUACAGCCCGAGGACCCUCCACACCCAAUCCUGGGGCGUCUUCUGA